AUGUGGCCAGACUUCAAUGUGAACACCAGCAGUCCAGAGGCUCCCAAAAUGAUGAGCGAUCCCAAGAACUCCAGUCUCACAGCAAGCCAUCUGUUCGCACUCACCGACGGAUGGUACGCACUCAUGUUCUGGUCCAUUUUGUGCUGGUUCAAGAACAAGAAUCGGUCCAGCUGGUCGUACGCUCUCACAGUGGCCACUCCGCUCAAUGUCUCCUGGAAAUGGGCAAAAAUAGGAGACUUGGACACAGAGUCCAGUCUUCUGAGCUCUCUGGAUGUGGCCAGAGCACCCGAUACACAGAGCAAAGUAGAUUCCAAGAUACUUCCAUGGCGUUGGGUUGUAUCCCUUCUCGGUGUUGAUAUCGGACCAGUGCUUCAACCAAACGUUUCCGGCAGUGGACAAGAUCAUAGACACAAUAAUGCCAGCCAGCAAAAUAAUAACGUUCUUGAUACCACAUGCUUUGGCAUAAGCACGGUAAAUAGACGACUUGACCUUACCUUGUUCGUGUUUCUCUUCUCUUCCGGUAACAAUCUCGUCUUUAGUUUCAACAGCGGUUCUAAAGUCUUCCAAAACGGCUUUUUCCAGCUCCUUGUUGGCCAACUUCUUGAUUUCUUCAUCCAGUUCGCUGGACUCGGAUCUCGAGUCGUCGGUGGCCUCUUUAUCGACAACAGUCUCGGUAAUGUCUUCUUCUUUCUUCUUCUGACCGGCGUCGUUGAUCACGGUAUUGUUGGUAGCAAGAAUACGGCACUUGGUGCUCAAAAGACCUUCUGGACCAAGAACGUUGUUGAUCAGGUGUUUUCCAACGUGCUCGUCAACAGCACUCAAAAUAUCGUCCAGCAAGUACAAGUCAGCACGGGCAUAAACGGCUCUGGCAAGAGACAAACGAGCUUUCUGGCCACCAGACAAACUGAUACCCUUUUCUCCGACCUGGGUGGAGUCUCCGUCUGGAAGAACGUUCAGGUCAUGGGUCAAAGCACAUGCCUUGAUGGUCUUGUCGUAAAACUCGGCAUCAAACUUGCAACCAAACAGAAUGUUUUCCUUGAUGGUUCCGUUCAUAAUCCAGGCAACCUGAGGAACAUAUGCCACAGAUCCGUGCACAGUGACAGAACCAGUUGGUUUGUGCAAAUCUCCAAAGUAGGUGAUGUUCGACAGAGCCAGCUUGUAUGGUUCUUUGGACCAAAGGAAGUCUGCGUUGUCGAUCUUGACGACCUCCUGGCCGAUCUCGGUGACUGCUGGGCGUCUAUCGAUGGUGAAGUCGUCCAGCUCGUCGCUCUUCAAGAAGUCGGUAAUUCUAGUGAUUGCAACCUGGGCCUCGAUAAUGUUUCCAAUAGUCCAUGGCAAGACAGCCAGAGGGAAGCCAAGCAAGUUGAACAAGGACAGAGCCGUGAACACGAUGUCUGUGCUCAAUGGCACUCCUUUGUAAGAGAUGAUGAACAAGGCAAAAGUAGAGGAACUCACAAAGAAAGGAGUACUGUUGAAGAUGAAGUUACUGCAUGCCUGGAACACACCGAUCUUCUUCAAGUUCUCGAGCUCCUUGUUGUUUCUCACGUCCAUGAGCUUCUCUCUGUAGGGGUUUUCCCAAGCGUAGAGUUUCAACGACUUGAUGUUGUUGAGGAUCUCGGAAAUAAGACCUGUUCUGGCAUCUUUGACUUUCAUCUGGGUCUUCUGGAGUUUCUUCUGUUGACGGAACACCCAAGUGUUCAACGGAACAGAAACAGCGAGGAAGAAAACACCCAGCCACAUGGCGUUACCAAGCAGAUUGUACAAGGAAACCAAACACAAGAUGAUCUGCAAUGGACCGGACCAGAUGAUGUUUAA